ACUGAUAAGGCAGCUUUGCAAGCCGGAUUUAUCACAAACGUCUCUGACCAUCGACGAAGUCUUAGUUCAGUGCCUUAGCCACCAUGAUGCGUUAUACCGCCUUAACCCUUCUUGUGGUUUGCUUUGGAAUUGUUCACUCAAGGCCCCAUAACGACGAAGAAUGCGUGGAUAAGGAAGCAAAGUGCAAAAGUGUUUUAGGUACCCGUGCAGAUGAAAUGUGCCUUAAGUAUAACUCGAUAAUGAGAGAGUCCUGCCGAAAAAGCUGUGGAUUUUGCAACUGUGUAGACAAGGAGAGCAAGGAAUAUUGUGAUAAUUUGGUGAAAGGGUACGCGUGUAUCUAUGAUAAAGAUAUGAUGUGGAAGGAUUGCAAAAGUCGUUGUUCAUUCUGCGAUAAACCUAAUGUCUGAGCCCAGAUACAUAAUAGGAUAUCCUGGAUCCUGGAUAUGCCCCUGUGUUAGCCAGUAAAUUAGUAAACCACUGGUACUUGUUAUGUGCUCUUUAUCUCCUGAAUCAUACUGUCAGGUUGUAAAGAGUGGAGUUUUUUGUUUAACCUUUACUGUAAAAGAGUGUUUCUAUUGUUAAAUUUUGAUAUGUAUUUUGACAAUAAACUUUACCUUAUGUUAUGAA